AUGACCCCUCCCUUCCUGACACUAAGAGGCACCUCGGAGCAUUUGCAUUCUCAAUACUCUCUUAUAUCACAGCUGAGUCUGCUGUAUCAGUGCCAGUUCAAGCAAUCCAAGCAAGGAUGUAGUGAGAGCAGAACACCAGAUUUAUAUUCUUCGUGGGACCAACAGCCAAUUAAAAUCAAAGAUGACAAGGCCUUGUGUCAAGGCGUGACAAGAGCUCUGUCCAUGAACCCGACUGGGUUUGGGAGCUUGUUUGGGAUAAGAAAGGAUAGAGACCCAAUUGUCUGGACUAUGAUUCUACGUGAUGAGUAUGGCCUAGCUGCCGGGACAUGGCAGAGUCAGGGUUAUCUACUUCUGUUUAUGUCUCUUCUGGCAGUACACACCCAGGCAGAUUUGGAGGCCCCAAAUGAUAAACACACCUGGAAAACAGGUCAGUGGGGUAGAUGUAUGGGUGAAGACUGUGGACCAGGAGGGGUUCAGACGAGAACUGUGUGGUGUAUCCAUUCAGAGGGCUGGACAACACAUCAUUCCAACUGCAAGCACAUUGGCAAGCCUGAAAGCCAGAGGCAGUGCUUCAAAGUGUGUGAAUGGCACCAGGAACUCUUUGAGUGGGAAGUGUCCGAGUGGGGGUCAUGCAUUCUGGUUCCUUAUUCUUCCAAUGACCAAAAACUAAGGACUUCAAAAUGUGUGACUGCGCAGCAUGGAAUACAGCAAAGGAAGGCUCUUUGCAUUCGAAAGACCAACAGAACAGUGGUGACAGACGAUAUCUGUGAGUUUUUUACACCAAGACCCACCAUCGAGCAAGCCUGUCUCAUUCCUUGUCCCCAUGAAUGUGUGGUGUCAGAAUUCUUACCAUGGUCUGCUUGCAGCAAGAGCUGUGGGACAGGAUUACAGCACAGGACACGGGCAGUUCUGGCCCCUCCAAUGUAUGGGGGUUCAAACUGUCCAAACCUGACAGAAACCAGGACUUGUAAUCAUCAUGUUUCUUGUUCUGUUGGGGAGGAUGAGUACAAAUACAGCCUUAAAGUUGGGCCUUGGAGUGAGUGUAGGCUACCCCAUCAGAAAGAGAUUCGACUAAGUGGAAGAACAAUGCUGGAUUUUAGCACUGAAUCUGCAGAGAAGAAUAAUGUUAAGCCGCAAGUCCUGAAUCACCACCAUCAUCGUCGUUCUCACCAUUCAAAGUCAUGGGACGUAGAGAUUGGCUACCAAACUCGACAGGUUAGGUGUACAAGAAAUGAUGGACAGAAUGCAAUGCUAAGUCUUUGCACUCAAGACAGCGCCCCUGUGACCUUUGAGUCCUGUAUCCUGCCCAGGGACUGUGAAACCUCAGACUGGUCUCCAUGGAGCCCCUGUUCCAAGACUUGUCGGUCAAUGGAUUUGUCUCCAGGGUACAGAACCAGGACCCGGAGUUUAAAGCAGAUCCCAGCUGGAGGCAGAGAAGACUGCCCUGCUCUGGAGGAGAAGGAAGCUUGUAAUAUUGGUGGGGAUCUACUGCCACAAUGCCCCAGGUAUGUGUGGAAGACCACUGAGUGGGGUGAAUGCCAGGUUACUCCCCUUCUCAGCCAACAAGACUGUCGUCAGAACAACCAUUCUGUGCUAUGUGGAGGAGGGAUACAGAUGAGGGAAGCAUACUGUGUGCAGAGCCCAGAUGAUACAAUUUCACGCAAAGGUAAAGAAGUAUCUAGACCUACUAAUGGGAGGCUAUGUCCUGGACCAAUGCCUUUGGUAGCUCAGUUGUGCUCCACACCCUGCCCGGAAGAGUGCUUAGUCUCUGCCUGGUCUUCUUGGGGAUCAUGCAUAUAUGAAAACUGCAAGGAUCCACAAGGGAGGAAAGGUUUUAGACUACGAAGACGUCAAGUGAUCCGAGAGCCUACUGGCACCGUCGACAAUUGCCCCCAUCUUGUGGAAACUAUGCCAUGUGAAGAACCAACUUGCUUUGAGUGGCACGUGACUGAGGAGCCAAUCUGUGUUCCUAAUAAAGGAACAUGUGGCCACGGAACUCGCACCCAGAAACUUGUGUGUAAGAACAAUCAAGGUGAAGACGUUUCUGAUGAUCAGUGUAUGGAUGACCCUCCUCCCUCUCGACUGCCCUGUGAGGUGCCUUGCCCUAUGGACUGUGUGCUCAGUUAUUGGUCAGCCUGGGGAGGGUGUUCCCACUCGUGCUCCAGUAAAAAUGCGGAAGGAAAACAAAGCAGAGUGAGAUUGAUCCUUGCGCUGCCUGGAGAAGGUGGAAAGCCAUGCCCUCCAGCUCCAGCCUUAGAGGAAUGGAGACUUUGUAAUGACCAUCCCUGCACUGUAUUGUUUUGGGAAGUUUCUCCAUGGGCUUCUUGCAUUGAAGACACCUCCAUGACAACUCUCAAUGCAACCAGCAACUGGAAUGGAAAACCCACCUGUGCCGUCGGAAUUCAGACCCGCAAAGUAAUCUGCAUGAAAGUCAAUGUUGGACAGGUUAUCUCAAAAAGGUGUCCAGAUUCUACUCGGCCAGAUCCAAUUCGCCCUUGUUUGCUACCUUGCAAGAAAGAUUGCUUGGUCACCGCUUUUAGUGAGUGGACACCGUGUCCUACAACUUGUCAACCAGCUAACGCAACUACAACUAAACAGUCCCGCUAUAGGAUUAUCAUCCAGAAUUCUGCUCAUGGGGGACAUGAAUGUCCAGACACCCUUUAUGAAGAGAGAGAGUGUGAAGCACUUCCAGUAUGUCCAACUUACAGAUGGAAGCCCCAUAAGUGGCACCAGUGUACGAUUGUACCAGAUUCUGUCAGACUAGGCAUUAUAGGUGCUGGGGAGGCAUGUGGACAAGGCUUAGAGACAAGAGUUGUAACAUGCCUUAGAGAUGAUGAUGAGACAGCAGACAUGACUGAUUGCCUUCAGUGGGCUGGUCCCAUGCCCUCCAUGGUAAAGAAGUGCAAGGUCCCGUGCAAAGACGACUGCACGUUCACCACCUGGUCUAAGUUUACUCCGUGUACAGGGUGUGGAGUCACACGCAGCAGAAAACGAUCUCUUACAGGGAGAAGUAAAAAAAGAGAAAAAUGCCAGAACACCAAACUCUAUCCACAAGUUGAGAUGGAGCCCUGUCCUUGUGAUGAAUAUGUGUCUCAGCCUUAUGGGAACUGGUCUGACUGUAUUCUUCCUGAAGGCAGAGUGGAACGACAGCUGGGAAUGAGAGUCCAGGGAGAUAGUAAUGAGUGUGGGCAGGGUGUGCGCUACAGGGCCAUUACAUGCUCAGACAAGGAUGGCAGACUUGUUGACCCAUCUCUUUGUAGCAGUUCAGGUUACAUCGAGGAGAGCUGUGCAAUUCCCUGUCCAUUUGACUGCAAGCUGAGUGAAUGGUCAAGCUGGUCUACAUGCAGUUCCCCAUGUGGGAGUGGGAUAAAGGUCAGGUCCAAGUGGCUGCGUGAGAAGCCUUUUAAUGGAGGCCGACCCUGCCCAAAGCUGGACCUCAAGAAUCAGGUGUAUGAGGCAGUCCCAUGUUACCGCGAAUGCAAUCAGUAUCUUUGGGUGACUGAUCCCUGGUCUGCAUGCACAGUCAGUGGUGAAGACAAAGCCCUGGACUGUGGAGAAGGAGUGCAGAGUAGAAAAGUCAAGUGUGUUAAUAACAGUGAUGGUGGUCCUGGGGAGAUUGUGGAUAACACACUGUGUGAUCAGGAAGAAAUGCCUUUUGAGGCUCAGAUCUGUUUUCGCCCAUGUCCAGGUGACUGUGUGAUGUCACAGUGGGGAGAGUGGAGUAUAUGUCCACAACCAUGUGACCCAAAAGGUGUUCAGGAAAGGACAAGGUAUCCUCUAAGACUCCCGACAGCUGACAACACCUGCCCUGAAGAAUCUCAAAAUCAGUCCUGUGUUCUCAACGUAAACUGCUUCACCUAUCAAUACAAUGUCACAGACUGGAGCACUUGUCAAUUAAGUGAUAAUGCUGUGUGUGGACAGGGAACCCGAGCCCGUCUUUUAGACUGUAUCCGAAGUGACGGGAAGCCGGUUGAGUUGAGAUACUGCAAGCAGAUGGAAUUGGAGAAGAAGUGGAAACUGACCAUUCACUGCCUUGUUGAAUGCCCUGUUAACUGUCAGCUGUCUGAGUGGUCACCUUGGACUGAAUGCUCCUACUCAUGUGGGCUCCAAGGUCAGAUGAUGCGUUCCCGAAGUAUAAACCAGCAGGCUCGUGGAGAGGGAAGGCCCUGCCCUGCUCAUCUCUCUGAAGCCCGACAGUGCCCAGUAAAGCCUUGCUACAAAUGGAUGCUUGGAGAAUGGUCACAAUGUCAGGUGGAGGGAGCACAGUGUGGCGAGGGGCUUAGAGUGAGGAAUCUUGCAUGUGUGGUUCACAGUGGUUCACUUUCUGACCCCGUUUCUGCUAAACAAGUGGAGGAGGAGAUGUGUGAGGCCAAGUUAAUGAAAGCCAGAGGACAGGAAUUACAGCAACCUUGUUCUGUACCCUGCCCAGGCGACUGUCACCUGACAGACUGGUCCUCAUGGAGCACCUGUCAGCUGACCUGUCUAGAAGGGAGAAGUUUUGAGACUACAGGUCGUCAGGCACGCUCUCGAGCUGUAGUUACCCAGGCCAUUGAAAACCAAGACAGCUGUCCUCAACAGGUCUUUCAAACACAACCCUGUAAAGAAGGAAAAUGCCUUAGCUAUGAGUGGAGGACAAGUCCUUGGACAGACAAUGAACGCUGUGUGUGGUGUCAGCGUUCAGAUGGGGUUAACGUCACAGGAGGGUGCUUUUUGGAGAACCGGCCAUCAACUAUCAGGCAUUGCCACCCCCCCUGCACAAAACCCUUCUCCCACUGUACUCAGAGUGGAGUUUGUGGAUGUGAUAAAGGAUACGUUGAAGUAAUGACUGCGUAUGGGUUCCUGGAUUACUGCACAAAAAUUCCUGGACCGGACAAGAAAGCUGAUGUGAAAACCAGCGCUGGAAAAUUAAAACCAGGGACUUCCACAAUACAGGACUUUUUUAAAGAAUGGUCUGUUCAACCUUUUGGACCCGAUGGCAGAAUAAAGAUCUGGGUCUAUGGUGUGACUGCUGGUGGAUUUGUCCUUAUUAUAUUAAUCACUGCAAUGUCUUUUUUGGUUUGCAAAAAGCCAAAGCAGAAUAAAAGUGCCCCUUCUCAACAGAAACCUCUGUCUUUAGCCUAUGAUGGAGAUAUGGACAUGUAACACCAUUGAUCAGCCCCAUAACAUGGGCAUCCAGAACCCUCAGCCAAGUUCCAAAAGACAAAAACCAACACCUACACUAUAGGUGGACAUGACCAAAAGAGAUCUCACAAUGACAAGAAAAGAUACAGGUCUCAACAGUUUUUGUUUGUUUGUUUUGUUUUUUUGAUAUAAAGACUUCACUGGAAGACUUUAUCUCAUUGUCAUCCACUGAAUGAAGAUUGCCUAGUUUUAAAAGUACUUUUGCGGGGCUCCUGAGUGAGGCAUCCAGUAAAGACGCUCGUGGAGUGAAGAAGGAGCCCUAUAGCCUGGAGAUCGCAGGUUUGAAUCCAGGCUAUGUCAUUGCCGACCG